AACAGCAGCCAGAGCCUGAAGAAGUCAACUCCAGGGCGGAGGAAAGGAAGCAGAAGGCUCGGCAUCACCCUACGCUCGGCAAGAUGGGUGACUGGAGCUUCCUGGGGGAGUUCCUGGAGGAGGUCCAUAAGCACUCCACGGUCAUCGGCAAGGUCUGGCUCACUGUCCUGUUCAUUUUCCGCAUGCUGGUCCUAGGCACGGCUGCUGAGUCCUCCUGGGGAGAUGAGCAGGCUGAUUUCCGGUGUGAUACCAUUCAGCCUGGUUGCCAAAAUGUCUGCUACGACCAAGCCUUCCCCAUCUCCCACAUUCGCUAUUGGGUACUGCAGAUCAUCUUUGUGUCCACACCAUCGCUAGUGUACAUGGGCCACGCCAUGCACACUGUGCGCAUGCAGGAAAAGCAGAAGUUGCGGGAUGCUGAGAAAGCUAAGGAGGCCCAUGGCACUGGUGCCUAUGAGUACCCGGUAGCCGAGAAGGCUGAGCUGUCCUGCUGGAAGGAAGUGGAUGGGAAGAUUGUCCUCCAGGGCACCCUACUCAACACCUAUGUCUGCACCAUUCUGAUCCGCACCACUAUGGAGGUGGCCUUCAUCGUGGGCCAGUACCUGCUCUAUGGGGUCUUCCUGGACACCCUGCAUGUCUGCCGCAGGAGUCCCUGUCCCCACCCAGUCAACUGUUACGUCUCGAGGCCCACCGAGAAGAACGUCUUCAUUGUCUUUAUGAUGGCUGUGGCUGGGCUGUCUCUGUUUCUCAGCCUGGCUGAACUCUACCACCUGGGCUGGAAGAAGAUCCGACAACGCUUUGUCAAGUCACAGCAGGGUGUGGACAAGCACCAGCUUCUCGGCCCCUCCACCAGCCUAGUCCAGAGCCUCACUCCUCCCCCUGACUUCAAUCAGUGCCUAAAGAACAGCCCCAGUGAGAAAUUCUUCAGUGACUUCAGUAAUAACAUUGGCUCCCAGAAGAAGCCAGAUGCUCUGGCCACUGAGGAAGUGCCAAACCAGGAGCAGAUUCCUGGGGAAGGUUUCAUCCACAUGCACUAUGGCCAGAAGGCUGAGCAGCCCAGUGGAGCCUCUGCAGGCCACCGGCUUCCUCAGGGCUACCAUAGUGACAAGCGCCGCCUUAGUAAGGCCAGCAGCAAAGCAAGGUCAGAUGACCUGUCAGUGUGACCCUCCUCCUAGGGAGGGCCUGUCCCAGGAGGGAUCUAAGAAGUGUGAGGCAGGAAAGAAGCAGCCUCUCACGACUGUCAGACCCUCCUCAGCUCCACUCCUUCUGUCCUGGGUCUGAAUGGCAUUGCAUAUUAUCCUCAAAAUUAACAGUUCUGAGUAUUCUCAAAGACUGGGCUACUCCUCAAGUCCCAUCCCUCCUCAUCCUCUAUCAGUAUUCACAGCCUUUCAAGUGAUUUAUUGAAUAUAGUGGAGGCAGGAAUGGGAACCAUGGCAAAAUCUGGUCUGUGGAGGACAGACAUGAAGAUUCAACACUAGCAACACAACAGAUAGACCCCUGCCCCA